UGUAUACAAAACAACACUUUUCACACUACUUUCUAUCUCUUUGCAAAAUUCUCAACUCCUGCGGCGUAGAUCUAAGGAGUUUGAGAAAACCCUAAUCGUACUUUUCAAGAACCCACUUCACUCUUCAACUCAUCUUCAACAAUCAUGGCUGGAGCUGCACCAGAAGGUUCUCAAUUUGAUGCACGUCAAUUUGACGCAAAAAUGACCGAGUUACUUGGUGCUGAGGGAGAAGAUUUCUUUACAUCCUAUGAUGAGGUUUAUGACAGUUUUGAUGCUAUGGGAUUGCAGGAGAAUCUUUUGAGAGGCAUCUAUGCUUACGGUUUUGAGAAACCAUCUGCAAUUCAGCAGAGGGGAAUUGUUCCAUUCUGCAAGGGGCUAGAUGUUAUUCAACAGGCACAGUCUGGUACUGGGAAAACAGCAACUUUCUGCUCUGGAGUUCUGCAGCAGCUUGAUUAUAGUGUUGUUGAAUGUCAAGGUCUGGUUCUUGCUCCUACUCGUGAACUAGCACAACAGAUUGAGAAGGUUAUGCGAGCUCUUGGUGAUUAUCUUGGUGUAAAGGUUCAUGCUUGUGUUGGGGGAACCAGUGUCCGUGAAGAUCAGCGCAUUCUGUCAAGUGGAGUUCAUGUCGUGGUUGGUACUCCUGGCCGUGUGUUCGACAUGUUGCGAAGACAAUCUCUGCGCUCAGAUUACAUCAAGAUGUUUGUUUUGGACGAAGCUGAUGAAAUGCUCUCCAGAGGAUUCAAGGAUCAGAUUUAUGAUAUCUUCCAGCUGUUACCUCCCAAAGUCCAGGUUGGGGUCUUCUCUGCCACCAUGCCUCCUGAGGCCCUUGAGAUCACAAGGAAGUUCAUGAAUAAGCCUGUGAGGAUUCUGGUAAAGAGAGAUGAGCUCACUCUUGAGGGUAUCAAACAAUUUUAUGUUAAUGUUGACAAGGAGGAAUGGAAACUGGAAACACUUUGUGAUCUUUAUGAGACCUUGGCUAUUACUCAGAGUGUCAUCUUUGUUAAUACCAGGCGCAAGGUUGAUUGGCUGACUGACAAAAUGCGCAGCCGUGAUCACACAGUCUCUGCCACUCACGGAGACAUGGAUCAAAACACCAGAGAUAUAAUUAUGCGUGAAUUCCGUUCUGGUUCUUCUCGUGUGCUCAUUACCACCGAUCUUCUGGCUCGUGGUAUAGAUGUCCAACAAGUAUCCCUUGUAAUUAACUAUGAUUUGCCGACUCAGCCAGAGAACUACCUUCAUCGUAUUGGUCGUAGUGGACGUUUUGGAAGGAAAGGUGUUGCAAUCAACUUUGUGACCAAGGAUGAUGACAGGAUGUUGGUUGACAUACAGAAGUUCUACAAUGUAGUAGUGGAGGAGCUGCCAGCCAAUGUUGCCGAUCUUCUUUAGGGUGGAAUUCAUCUGUUUAUUUAAGUGUUACUUAAAAGUUACCUUGCUGUCCAAUCUUGGUAGGUUUACUAUCCGAGACACAUAUUUUGGGUAUCGAACUCCCUUUACAACUUCUUCCUAGUUUGUUGUAAUUUUGUUUUUGUUUUUUUUGCGCAAAAUUUGGUGAAUUUCUGUAUCCUAUAUUCUGAUACGAUUUGCAGAAUGGUAUGCUUGAAGUCGAACACUUGAGCUCAAGUGCUGAAUCUUAAGUUUUGAUUUUUUUCUCA